AUGUCCACUCAGCAGUCAACCGUGACCAAUCAGGAUCCUUGGUAUUCCAGCAAGGAUACCACAUACGAUCGAGAACGUGAAUGGACUUUCACCAAAUUUCCCAAAAGAGCCUAUCAAAUUGGGACUUUCGAUCCGGAUGGUCCUAAGAUUUCGACAGACGAAACUACAUUUGACAAACCUGAUAACUCGGCUGUCAAGAAAAUAGGGUUGUCUACUACUGGACUGUACCCCUCUUCACGUAAUUUGGGAGUCGAUGAAGUCAGAAUUCCAGGUAUUGUGAAGGAAUGGACUGAAGCUCGAGAAUUCUUCAAGAAACGUCUUGAGACCGAUCCCAACUUACUCACCCAGUUGCAAGACGCUUCUGAGAGUGAUUCCAGACUGUACCGGGUCAUUACCGAUAUGACUGGCUAUAAGAAUGGAAAGUAUUUUGGGGCAUCUCCGGGUCGGCUCGAAUUCAUUCAUCAUUAUUACUUGUUUGAUUAUGAGAAGGAUAUUGACACUGAGAAGAACGAAUAA